AUGAGCGGGGCGCCGACUGAGGGGGCGGCCUGGGCGGCGCUGGAGCCGGCGGAGGUGCUGCGCGCCGCGCGGGCCGGGCCGGGCCUGGACGCGGGCGAGGUGGGCGUGGGCCCGGCGGCGCUGCUGAGCGAGACGGCGGCGCUGCUGGGCCAGGCCGAGGCGCCGGGCGGGUGGCCGGCGGCGGCGCGGGAGGCCUGCCUGCGGGCGGCCGAGCGGCUGGGCGACUGGGCGUGGGAGCNGGGGCCCUGCGCCGAGGCCCUGCGCGUCUGCGACCUGGGGCUGCUGCUCGGCGCGCCCGGCCCCGAGCUGGCCCGCCUGGCCGCGCUGCUGCAGCGCCUGCUGCCCGCCCCGGAGGGCCCGCCCUGCAAGAAGCCGCGCCCGGAGCGCCCCCCGGCCCAGGGAGAGGCGGCGGCGGCGGAGGGCGGCCCGGUGGCCCGGCUGCGGCGCCCGUCUCUGCAGCGCUUCCGCGAGCGCUUCCUCCUGCCCGGGGCGCCGCUGGUGCUGGAGGGCGUCGUGGAUCACUGGCCCUGCCUGCGCAAGUGGAGCGUGGAUUACCUCCUGCAGUUGGCCGGCCACCGCACCGUCCCCGUGGAGCUGGGUGCUCGCUACACCGACCAGGAUUGGUCCCAAAACCUCAUGACAGUCGGGGAAUUCAUCAGCCAGUUCAUCAAGCAGGAGAAUCCCAAUGGAUACCUUGCUCAGCAUCAGCUUUUCGACCAGAUCCCAGAGCUGAAGGAAGACAUUGGCAUCCCGGACUAUUGUUGCCUGGGCAAAAACGAGGAAGAGGAGAUCACCAUCAAUGCCUGGUUUGGUCCAUCCGGGACCAUCUCACCUCUUCACCAGGAUCCACAACACAAUUUCUUGGUCCAGGUGAUGGGACGCAAAUAUAUCCGCCUGUUCUCUCCUGAUCAGUCUGAAAAACUGUAUCCACAUGAAGGCCACCUUCUUCACAACACCAGCCAGAUCGAUGUGGAAGACCCUGACUUAGUGACGUUUCCUAAGUUCAAGGCAGCUGCAUUUCAAGACUGUGUCUUGAGCCCUGGAGAGGUCCUGUUCAUCCCGGCCAGUUACUGGCAUUAUGUUCGAGCCCUGGACACCAGCUUCUCUGUGAGCUUCUGGUGGUCCUAAUGUAUGCUGAGGACAGAACAGCCGUUUCAAGAGGAACCAAGGCGGCCAUGUUAGAAGGCCAUGGCUGAUCCAAGACAAGCACACCCACAAGCAGAAUAAACUAGUCUUCUAAGGC